AUGGACCCUUCAAAUGGAGACCAACGCCAGAGGGACGACUCAGAACUUGCAUCAACAAGCUCAGGAAUCUCCUCCAUGCUAAGCAGCACGGAGGAUUCUAUAAGUAACAGCAGCUUGGGUUAUAUUUCCACAACGAGCGGGAGCUCCGGCGAGAUUCCAAUCUCUGUGGUGGCGGAGGAAGUGGUGGUACCGAUGGAUGUGGAUAUGGUGAGGGAGGAGUUAACAGUGACGGCGACAGUGAGGGAGAGAGAGAAAUGUGUAGGGAGGAAUAAUAAAGGUGUGAGCUGGGGUUACACGUCAGUGAUUGGGAGGCGGAGGGAGAUGGAGGAUGCGGUUGCCGUUAUCCCGAGUUUUAUGUCACGCACGUGCGAUCACGUGGGAGGUUGUACGGCUCUUGGUUCUCGAACUGCCUCUGAGAUCUCUUCUAUCCAUUUCUUUGGUGUCUAUGAUGGCCACGGUGGCUCUCAGGUAGCUGAUUUCUGUAAAAAGAGAAUGCAUGAAGUUAUACUAGAAGAGUGGGAUCGUGAUAAAACAAUUGAUGCAUAUGAAUGGCAGAGAAGAUGGGAAGCUACAUUUUCUAGUGCUUUUGAGAGGGCUGACAAUGAGGUAUUGACAGAGGCAGUUGCACCAGAAAUGGUGGGAUCAACAGCAGUCGUCGUUGUGCUAUCCGGUUGUCAGAUUAUUACAUCCAACUGUGGUGACUCUAGGGCAGUACUUUUUCGGAGGACUGAAGCUAUCCCUCUUACCGUUGACCAGAAGGUCACCCAGAUGACUGUAAAUUUUCGGUAUGAUACCCCUCGGUCUUUUGUACUUGUCAAGGCACUUGCUUCUACACGUACUUCUAAGGUUAAAAGGAAGCCUGAUAGACAUGACGAACUAAUGAGAAUUGAAGGACAAGGAGGGAAAGUCAUAAACUGGAAUGGUGCUAGGGCUGAGAACUCUGGUAGUUUUGAACUUUAUGACAUGAUGGCAAAGUUUAGAAACAAUGCUGCUAUAACAGGCAUCUUGCAUCCCAAUCCAUUUUCAGAGGCCAUUUGUGAUCACUAUUUAAGGCCUUGGAUAAUACCGGUGCCUGAGAUUACUUUCAUGACAAGGACUGAUGAGGAUGAAUGUUUGAUUUUGGCAAGUGAUGGUCUUUGGGAUGUCAUGACAAAUGAAGAGGUGGGAGAAGUUGCUCGCCGAAUACUGAGAAGGUGUCGCAGAUCGUUGUCUGAUGAGAUUUCACCAGCACAAACCAUUGCUGACAAUCUCCAAGAAAUGGCAUACGGCAGAAACAGUUCUGAUAACAUUUCCAUCAUUGUUGUUGAUCUAAAAAGGAGAAAGCGCCAGGUGAGACAAUCAAGAGGGGAAUAG